GAUGCAUGUUUACUAUUUAUGAUAGAGCGGUGUGUUACAGGUUUCACUGCAGUGAACACAAUGUGCUACAAUUACUAAUUUUGAAAUACAUAUUUCGUAAAUCAGUAAUGUAAUAGGUGUAUCAAGUUUAAUUCAAAUCAUGUUGUGUUCUCGAAGAACGAAGAUAAUUCAUUUUACAUAUGUUAACUAAGAACAGAAGUUCAUUUGAACUAAAGAAAAUUAAAUCUUAUUCAAAUUGCUUUCGAAAAUAAGCUAUCAUUAUAUUUAAGUAUUAAAUACAGGUAUGCCGUAAUUUUCAUUCUGGUUUCAUCAUCUGUUAAUAUUUUAUUAUAAACACUUCCUUGAAAUAUGUUGAUCCUAUUUCGUAGUCAAUACUCCUGAAAAGUAUUUAAUAACCAUUAAAUGCUCAAAUAAAUUACUCAAACAUUUUGCUAUGUCAUGACUUGUACAGUCAUCAGUUUACAUUGAUUACAUGAAACAAGUGUGUGUCCUUUAUGACUUUUUUGCAUGAUAAUAUUUUGUACAAUAUAUUAUUCUAAGAUUAUUUUGAUUUAUAGGUGUAGCAUUUAUUGUCCUGUAAAGAAUAUCAUCACUAUGCUGUAUUAUCUUCCCCUCGGAAGGAAAUCGGUUGAUUUCAAGCUAUUCUGAUCUCUCCAAUUUUAUAAUUUGGAAAAUGGUGGUAUUCGUUUUAUAACUGAUAUUGUUUCUAAAAUGUGGAGAAGCAUUUUACAUACUCAGCUGACUCUUUGUAAGAGUAAAUCAAUUUUGAAAACUACAAAAAAUGUUUAUAGGACAUCUUAUAAUUGUUUUGAUCCAUUUAGUUCUAAAAAGUUACUACAUAAGCAUAAAUAUAUAAUAAAUGGAUGCUUUAUAUCACAUCAGCAUAGUAUUUCUCAUAAUUCUGAAGAUGCAAAGGGAAAUUGCAAACAAUGUGAAGAACCAUUAACAGUGAUGGAAAAAUUGGUCAACAAGGCUCCACUUGGUGUCCAACCAUAUUUGAGGCUGAUGAGAAUUGAUAAACCUACUGGUACAUGGCUAUUACUAUGGCCAUGUUAUUGGAGUAUUUCUCUAGCAGCUACACCUGGCUGUUUGCCUGAUCUGUCUCUCCUAGCAUUGUUUGGUACCGGUGCUAUUUUAAUGAGAGGUGCUGGUUGUACAAUCAAUGAUUUAUGGGAUAAAGAUAUUGAUUCAAAAGUAGCUAGAACAAAAUCGAGACCUAUUGCUAGAGGAGAUAUAAGUACUCUUGAUGCAUGGAUGUUCCUAGGUGGGCAAUUAUCAUUGGCUCUUUUAAUAUUGCUGGAACUUAAUUGGCAUAGUGUCUUACUUGGUGCCAGUUCUCUUGCAUUAGUCACAACUUAUCCUCUUGUGAAGAGAAUCUCUUAUUGGCCUCAGUUGAUGCUUGGUUUGACAUUUAAUUGGGGUGCCUUGCUUGGAUGGUCAUCUGUGCAUGCUUCUUGCAAUUGGUCUGUUGUUUUACCUUUAUACGGAGCAUGCAUUUCCUGGACUAUGAUUUAUGAUACUAUUUAUGCUCAUCAGGAUAAAGUAGACGAUGUUUUGAUUAAAAUUAAGUCCACAGCUCUAAAAUUCAAGGAAGACACCAAAUAUUAUUUAGCUGGUUUUUCUACUUCUAUGGUUACUCUUCUUCUUCUCUCGGGCUAUAACUGUCAACAGACUUGGCCUUUCUAUGCAUCUGUUGGUUUAACUGGUGCUCUCCUAGCUUCUCAGAUUAAAAUGGUGAACAUUGAUAAUCCACAGAGUUGUUGGAAGGCUUUCAAAUCAAACAGAAGAAUUGGACUGAUCAUAUUUUUAGGAAUUGUUACUGGCAAUUUAGCAAAAGAGAUUAAGGACUCAAAAGUGAAAAAAUCUAAUAUUAUAACAAGUGAUACAAUAUUAUCAGGGACAAAUCUUCCUAUAAGAAAAGCAUUUUCUUGAUAGUACAUGGCUUUUUAUUUAUUAAAUAUUUUCACCAAAGAGAAGUAGUGAGAAUAAAUUUUACAUUUCAAAAAUAAUUUGGUGUAUUGUAAUUAAUUUCUUAUUAACUAUAAGAUCUCUCUUCUCUUUUUAGUGUUAAAAAUAAGAUGCCAAACAACAAUAUUUGUAUUAGAAGUCACUAAAAAUGUUAGUCAAAAUAAUAUUUCUUUUUUACAUUAAAUUGGGUUAAAAUAAUCCAAAUACUUAUAAAUAAUUUUAAGAAAUUUUGUUAGCUCUUUCAUUUACUUGACCAUUUUGUUUUUAUGUAGCAACACAAUAGUUAU